AUGGCCAAGUUGCAUUUGGCGAACGGGAUAAAACCGAUUCAAAAUGAGGAACAUGGAGAAGAUUCAUUGAUAAAAAUAAGAAACCAACGACAAGCGACGCUGCAAGGGGAUUUUACAAGUGUUACAGCUGUGUUGCCAAAGGUCAGGAUCGAAGGCAUACGAGUGGAGGACUCUGCAAAGGAACCAAAGAUCAUAGACGAAAGUAUACCAAGUGUUCUAGCUGAUACGGCAGUGACGCUCAGGCUUUUCGGCGACGGGCUGACGGAAAAUACCGCAAUUGCGUUUACACACGAAGUUGGAGAUUAUGGCGAUCCUUGCAAAUUUAUAAACAAGGGAGAGUACAUGGUAAUAAAAGAUUCCCUAACACCUCGUUCAGCCCUGGUAGAAAUAACCGCCCCAUCCCCAAUCCAGGGUUCAAAGCUCUACAUAUGCGCAAAAAACAUAAAGACAAACCUGGUGAAAGACGAAGAAAAAUACAUCCACCAAGGGCAGGAGAACUUCAAAAUAUUAGCAACACAUAACACGUUACUGCCUCUAUGGGCGACUCUGACUUUAAUAUUGAUCUGUUUGAUAUUCAGUGCGUUGUUUUCUGGCCUUAAUUUGGGGCUCAUGUCUUUGGACAGAACCGAGUUGAAGAUUAUCUCAAACACAGGUACAGAACAAGAAAGAAAAUAUGCCCGUGCCAUAAUGCCUGUGCGAGACCACGGAAAUUACCUCCUAUGCAGUAUCUUACUGGGAAAUGUAGCUGUAAACUCGACUUUUACAAUAUUACUGGACGAAUUAACCAGCGGUCUUUUUGCGGUGAUAUUUUCCACGUUGGCUAUCGUACUGCUGGGUGAAAUAACGCCGCAGGCUAUUUGCUCUAGACACGGAUUGAUGGUUGGAGCCAGGAGUAUUAUGAUCACUAAGGCUGUGAUGGCACUGACCGCGCCGCUAGCGUUCCCUAUAAGCAAACUCCUCGACUACUUCCUGGGCGAGGAAAUCGGCAGCGUCUAUAACAGAGAGAGAUUGAAAGAACUCGUAAAGGUAACAACAGAUGUAAACGAUCUAGAUAAAGACGAAGUUAAUAUAAUAUCAGGAGCACUAGAGCUGCGCAAGAAGACUGUGUCCGACGUGAUGACAAAAUUGGAGGACGUGUUCAUGUUGCCCAUCACUAGUGUACUCGAUUUCGAGACUAUGUCCGAGAUUGUGAGGUCUGGCUAUUCCCGGAUCCCCGUCUAUGAAGGCACCCGGGGCAACAUAGUAACGGUCCUCUUCAUCAAAGACCUGGCCUUCGUGGACCCGGACGACAACACUCCACUGAGGACCCUCUGCCAGUACUACCAGAACCCCUGCAACUUCGUAUUCGAGGACGUCACUCUGGACGUCAUGUUUAAGCAGUUUAAAGAAGGCCACAAGGGCCACAUGGCGUUCGUGCAUCGCAUCAACAACGAGGGUGAAGGCGAUCCGUUCUACGAAACAAUAGGAUUGGUCACAUUGGAGGAUGUCAUUGAGGAAAUGAUACAGGCAGAGAUUGUUGACGAGACCGAUGUGUUUCUGGACAAUCGCUCGAAACGCCGUCGCAACCGCCCAGCCAAUAAACUGCAAGACCUGGCCGCAUUCGCCGAACGUCACGAGCACCAGAGGAUACACAUCUCGCCCCAACUCACAUUGGCAACCUUCCAGUUCCUUUCAACCAGUGUAGAAGCAUUUAGACCCGACACUGUGUCGGAAACAGUACUACGUCGACUUCUAAGACAAGAUGUCAUACACCACAUCAAACUCAAGGGGAAGACCAAAAAGGAUCCUUCCACUUAUGUGUACCAUCAAGGAAAACCGGUGGACUAUUUCGUCCUCAUCCUCGAAGGUCGUGUGGAAGUGACUGUGGGUCGCGAGAACCUGGUCUUCGAGGCGGGGCCGUUCACUUACUUCGGCGUACAGGCCCUCACACAAAACGUUGGCGUAGCAGAGUCUCCAACCCCUAGCGCCAUGGGCUCCCUCCAGAAUAUCAACAUGGAUUCAAUGCUGCGUCACACCUUCGUGCCAGAUUACAGUGUGCGCGCAAUCACGGAUACGUUCUACCUCACCGUUAAGAGAUCUUUAUACCUGGCGGCGAAACGCGCUACGUUAAUGGAGAAAGGGGCAAUGUCCAAAGGAGCAACGAACGAGCAAUUCGAUACCGAAGUUGAUAAGUUGUUACAAGCCGUCGACGAAGACAUCAGCAUUAGUGGAGAACAUAAAACUCCUUCACGUCAGGUGUCACCGAAUCCGAGCGUGGUGCCCGCAUCGCCUAUAGCGCGCGUAUCUUUCAGCGCGCCGCGCAGCUCGCCCGAACCGCGCAACGGGCACUACCGCCAGGACGAACAGGAAAAGCUCCUCAAGUCUCCCUAACAACAAUUCAAAUACAACUGUUAAAAGUCGUAACAACAAAAAUAUACCUGUAAGCCGUUUUUACUUAGCCAAACAUAAGUGGACAAAUAACAAGAAAAUUAGCCCACUUAGCCAACUUAGCCCACGUAAAUAGUCUCUCUAACCCUGUAAGGCCCAGUCACGCUUGGUCUUUCAACGGCGUGACCAACGUGAUCGCUGCCGUCCGCCGACAGCUUAUUGUGUCAAAUAAACAUCAUUAUAAAUAAUCUCGCUCUUUGUGAGAGCAUUUUAAUUGUGUGUGUGUAAUAAUCAGAUAUCCAGAAGUAACAAAUAUAGACUGGUACCUCCCUCUGAAAGCCAGGCUCUCUAAUACCCAGUGACAGCUCUCGACUACAUAGUUUAACAUGGUCUCAAGAGAUGUCGCCCUAAGGAAGCGCGCGCAAAUUGAAUUUUGAAAAUGGGACUGUGAACCUUCGUAUACAGGCAGUCUUGAGACAGUCUUCUUUUCACGUUUUGGUGACAAGUUUCAAGUACAUAGUUUGACAUUGUCUCAAUAGAUGGCGCUUCAAACAGAGGGAGGUUUAGCAAAGAGGUCCCGGGUAGUUCUAGUUGUUCUGCCUUCAGAAUUAAUCUUGUUAUUUCGGCACGCAUAGUAUACAAGGAAUUGCCUAAUUUGAGAUCAGGUCUUGGUGCCAUAUUCUGGCAUAUAAUAAUAUAGGUUGUUGCCCAGUUGUUUGUCAUAAGACAUAACUUUGUCAUCCAGGUGUUUGUACGAAUUAUUGAUAGGAAAAAAAUACAAGGAAUUUUGCACUGUUUUUAAAUAGAUAUAUGGGUGUCAUAUUUUUCUAUUUUCGAUGUUAGGUGUUGGUUCUGAUGGGGAGAGUUAUCAUUACGACGUGUACACGUAUAUCGCUUUUUCAAAAACGUUGCGAGCUCUUACAAAUCCCAUUGUCACAGCUGACUAUAUACCUUUUUUUUAAUAUCCAGUAAAGGGACGAAGAAGUCGUGCGCCUGGUGAUAAGCGACACGCCUACCCAUUAGAGCCUAUGCACACAACGUAUUUUAUACGCGCCGACGACGCGCAGAUGAUACGAGUAAACGCGUUUCAAGAAGCGCGUACGAAGCUCAUCUGUAUCGCAUUUGGCUCGAUUCAAACGCGUACGAACAUCGCGUUGCAAGCAAGAAGCUUAUAUACUCCACUGGAGUUUACAUUUAGAAUUUCAUGUACUCUGGCCAUCGAGUACAUAACCAGAAAUAGAGACGAAUUAAGGGCCAU